CAGAAGCUAGCUUUAAAAAGGAUAAAAAAAUAUUGAUAGCAGUCUUCGACUUUUUAACGUGAACGAAUUACCACACGGGGAAAAUAAGUUAUUUGAUCUUAUACUGACCAAGACAUUAUAGAUGUUAUGUACAGAGCAGCAUACACCAGUAAAAGAACAAAUUAUCCACGUGAUUAAACUGUGUUGAAAUAAUAGAGGAAAAAGAAACAGAAAUGGAUGGGGAACAGAAUGGCCCUGCUUGUCAAGAGUUGGAAGAAGAUAUUCCAGAAACAACAGAUAUGUUGUCAAAAGAUGCCCCAAAGACACUCGAUGACAUAUCAGACCUAGAUGCAGAAAAUUCAAAAACAGUAAAAUGUGAUAAUAUAACAGAAGAAGAGCUGCACCAGAAAGUGGAAAAUGUACAUGGAUGUUGUCAAAAUUGUUGCAUAUCUCUGUAUACCAGUAUCAAACAGUGUUGCUUUAGAACUUGCCAGCCAUGCAUGACAAAAUACCAUCCACAUAGGGCAUCAGGGUCCAGGACUCAAAGGUGUGCUUAUGCCUUUAUGUGUCCCCCACAUGGUAAAUUAGCAAAGGCUGUAACCAUUUUUCUUGCCAUGUUGCUGUUUUGGGCCGUUUGCUGGGGGAUCACUGGAGAGCAAGCCUUACCUGGAACAAAAGGCAAUAUAUUUGGACUUGUGGUGUUGGUGGUGUGUUGUUUGCUUGCUGGGGCUGCUGUGGAACUUAUUCAUCUCCCAGCAUUGUUAGGCAUGCUAGUUAUUGGUUUUGCACUGAAAAAUACUCCUUACAUAGAUGUGGCUAAGAAUAUUAACCAAGAAUGGUCAGCAGUUUUAAGGUCUAUGGCAUUGGUUGUGAUUUUGCUGCGUGCUGGUUUAGGGUUGGACCCACAAGCCUUGAGGAAACUUUCCUGUGUUGUGAUCAGGCUGGCUUUCACGCCCUGUAUGGUGGAGGCAGCCACUGUAGCUGCAGCAACACAUCUUCUCUUAGGAUUUCCAGUGGAGUGGGGAUUCAUGUUAGGAUUUGUGCUGGGAGCUGUGACACCUGCUGUGGUUGUCCCCAGUAUGCUGAGUCUCCAGGAGAAAGGAUAUGGAGGGGACAAAGGAAUAACCACAUUGGUAGUGGCUGCUGCAAGCAUUGAUGAUGUUCUUGCUAUUACUGCAUUUGGCGUCUUACUUGGCAUUGCCUUUUCAACUGGUGACAUUGCUGUCACUAUUGUCAGAGGGCCACUGGAAGCUGUGUUAGGAGUGGUGUAUGGGGUAAUAGCAGGGAUAAUUGUGUGGUAUUUUCCUCACAAAAAGCAUAAGCAUUUAAAGUUCUACAGAACAUUGUUAUUACUGCUGGGUGGCUUAUUUGCUGUGUUUGGUAGUAACAGUGCUCAGUUACCAGGUGCAGGAGCUUUAGGUUGUCUUACAAUGCCAUUUGUUGCUGCUUUACGAUGGAGGAAGGAAGGCUGGGUUGAGGAUAAUUGCCCUGUGACAAAAAAUUUGGGGAGAUUAUGGGUCCUUUUUCAGCCACUACUCUUUGGACUUAUAGGUGCAGAAAUUGAAAUCUCAAGCCUCCAAGCCAAUACUGUAGGCUUAGGAGUGGCCACAUUAUGCAUUGGACUUUUUACAAGAAUGGUGGCAUCAUUUCUUGUAGUAUUUGGAACAGAGUUCAACUGGAAGGAAAGGUUCUUCAUUCCAUUUGCAUGGCUUCCAAAGGCAACUGUUCAGGCUGCCAUAGGACCAGUAGCUUUGGAUACAGCCAGAAGGAAUGCAGAUGUGACAAAAGAACUUUUGGGGAUACAGAUCUUGACUAUAGCAGUAUUGUCCAUUCUGAUUACGGCACCUGUUGGAGCAGCAGCUAUAGCCCUCACUGGACCAAGAUUGUUGACAAAAACGAAACAUACAGAUCCCAAUAAUCAGGAUCUAAAUGAUCCAGAUGACUUGCCAAUCACAGAACAACAUUUGAGUAACAAUUUUAGUAAUGUUAACAACAAGUUAGCCAAGAUUCCAUCAGUUGGGAACUGUACUGCUAGGCACCAAGCACUCGAGGAAGUCUUGCACUACCACCACACCUCUGGGAUCACACCAACGUUGAGCACAGGGCCCAGACUUGAUCAAGGCACCAAGAGGGAAUUGCUGCCCUUGCCACCAGCAUCCUGCAUUCUCCAGAGGGGGAUGGUCCAGGGGCAAUUUUCAUAUCAUCAUCGGGANACAAUUGUGUGGUAUUUUCCUCACAAAAAGCAUAAGCAUUUAAAGUUCUACAGAACAUUGUUAUUACUGCUGGGUGGCUUAUUUGCUGUGUUUGGUAGUAACAGUGCUCAGUUACCAGGUGCAGGAGCUUUAGGUUGUCUUACAAUGCCAUUUGUUGCUGCUUUACGAUGGAGGAAGGAAGGCUGGGUUGAGGAUAAUUGCCCUGUGACAAAACAUUUGGGGAGAUUAUGGGUCCUUUUUCAGCCACUACUCUUUGGACUUAUAGGUGCAGAAAUUGAUAUCUCAAGCCUCCAAGCCAGUACUGUAGGCUUAGGAGUGGCCACAUUAUGCAUUGGACUUUUUACAAGAAUGGUGGCAUCAUUUCUUGUAGUUUUUGGAACAGAGUUCAACUGGAAGGAAAGGUUCUUCAUUCCAUUUGCAUGGCUUCCAAAGGCAACUGUUCAGGCUGCCAUAGGACCAGUAGCUUUGGAUACAGCCAGAAGGAAUGCAGAUGUGACAAAAGAACAUUUGGGGAUACAGAUCUUGACUAUAGCAGUAUUGUCCAUUCUGAUAACGGCACCUGUUGGAGCAGCAGCUAUAGCCCUCACUGGACCAAGAUUGUUGACAAAAACGAAACAUACAGAUCCCAAUAAUCAGGAUCUAAAUGAUCCAGAUGACUUGCCAAUCACAGAACUUUAACAAUCACAAG